AUGUUCAGUCUUUGUUCAGUCUGUGUUCAGUCUGUUCAGUCUCUGUUCAGUCUUAAUUCAGUCUCUGUUCAGUCUGUUCAGUCUCUGUUCAGUCUGUGUUCAGUCUCUGUUCAGUCUCUGUUCAGUCUGUUCAGUCUUUAUUCAGUCUCUGUUCAGUCUUUGUUCAGUCUUUAUUCAGUCUCUGUUCAGUCUUUGUUCAGUCUUUGUUCAGUCUGUGUUCAGUCUUUGUUCAGUCUGUUCAGUCUCUGUUCAGUCUCUGUUCAGUCUUUGUUCAGUCUGUGUUCAGUCUGUUCAGUCUUUAUUCAGUCUCUGUUCAGUCUGUUCAGUCUCUGUUCAGUCUUUAUUCAGUCUCUGUUCAGUCUUUAUUCAGUCUCUGUUCAGUCUUUAUUCAGUCUUUAUUCAGUCUCUGUUCAGUCUCUGUUCAGUCAGUUCAGUAUCUGUUCAGUCUUUGUUCAGUCUGUGUUCAGUCUGUUCAGUCUCUGUUCAGUCUUUAUUCAGUCUUUGUUCAGUCUGUUCAGUAUCUGUUCAGUCUUUGUUCAGUCUCUGUUCAGUCUGUUCAGUCUCUGUUCAGUCUUUAUUCAGUCUCUGUUCAGUCUGUUCAGUAUCUGUUCAGUCUUUGUUCAGUCUGUGUUCAGUCUGUUCAGUCUUCGUUCAGUCUGUUCAGUCUUUGUUCAGUCUGUGUUCAGUCUGUUCAGUCUUUGUUCAGUCUUUAUUCAGUCUCUGUUCAGUCUUUAUUCAGUCUCUGUUCAGUCUUUGUUCAGUCUUUGUUCAGUCUCUGUUCAGUCUUUGUUCAGUCUCUGUUCAGUCUCUGUUCAGUCUUUAUUCAGUCUCUGUUCAGUCUUUGUUCAGUCUUUGUUCAGUCUGUGUUCAGUCUCUGUUCAGUCUUUGUUCAGUCUCUGUUCAGUCUCUGUUCAGUCUUUGUUCAGUCUCUGUUCAGUCUCUGUUCAGUCUUUGUUCAGUCUCUGUUCAGUCUUUGUUCAGUCUCUGUUCAGUCUGUUCAGUCUUUGUUCAGUCUCUGUUCAGUCUUUGUUUUGUAGUAAUUAG